AUGGCCCAGCGAGGGGCAGUGUCCACUGGCCGGUGCCCAGCCCCUGAUCUCAACACUGUGAGCCCUUCCCCUGUACCCUGUGCCCUCUCCCCACCACGACUCAGCACAGCGGGAGUGGCUCAGGCAGGGCUUGUGGCCCAAUCCCCAAGGCCUGUCCCCCCCCCACUUGCACCCUGCCCCGGCAACCAGCGGGCCCACAACGGGGCCACCCCGGUACACGACGCAGCUGCCACCGGCAGCCUGGCGGAGCUGUGCUGGCUGGUGCGUGAAGGGGGCUGCGGUCUGCAGGACCAAGAUGACUCGGGUGUCUCCCCGCUACACCUGGCCGCCCGCUUCGCCCACCCGGUGCUGGUGGAGUGGCUGCUCCGAGAGGGCCACGCAGCCACGCUGGAGACGCUGGAGGGGGCCCCGCCGCUGCACCACGCCGCUGUCAGCGGGGACCUGACCUGCCUGAAGCUCCUGGCGGCUGCCCACCGCAGCAGCGUGAACCGGCGGACACGCAGCGGCGCCUCCCCGCUGUACCUGGCCUGCCAGGAGGGCCACCUGCACCUGGCCCAGUUCCUGGUGAAGGACUGCGGCGCCGACGUGCAUCUGCGCGCCCUGGACGGCAUGAGCGCGCUGCAUGCUGCCGCCGCCCGCGGACACUACUCUCUAGUCGUCUGGCUGGUCACCUUCACUGACAUCGGCCUGACCGCAAGGGACAAUGAGGGGGCCACAGCCCUCCACUUUGCAGCUCGAGGCGGCCACACACCCAUCCUCGACCGGCUGCUGCUGCUGGGCGCCCCCAUCAUGAGAGACUCCUGGGGUGGGACCCCCCUGCAUGACGCCGCGGAGAACGGACAGAUGGAGGUGAGCUGCUUGCUGUUUCGCUGUGAUAGGACCAAGGUGGACGGCUCCUACUCGGGACUGAUGCACGAGAUGGGCCAGACUAGCCUGGACACCCCGCACCUUCACCUGGGCCUCCCGCUGACCAGGUCUGUCCACCUCCAGGUGCCGCUCCUGAUGACACCCCCACCCCCACCAUUCCCCCCUCCUCCACUGUCGGCUGCGAGGCGCUCCCCAGAGGAUGGAAGAGGGGGCUCAGGUCUCAGGAGCCCCACCUCAGUGUCUCUCAGCCCCGCCUGGCCUGGCCAGCCUGACCAGCCUCUUCCGAGGGAGCAGAUGACCCACGCAGCCCCCCUGGGGAUCAGCACCAGCGCCAUGGUUGUCACUACGGUGCGUCCUCACCGUCCACAUCUCUGUCUCCCAAGGCCCCCAGCCAACCCUCGGAGCCCAGCCAUCUGGCAGGAAGGAGCAUGCCCUCCCAGCCACCCGCUGACCAGCCCUCCCUGUGCCCAGGAGGACAGCGGGAGCGCGGGCCCCACGGAGCAGGCGGCCUGGCGGUACUCGCAGACCCACCAGGCCAUCCUGGGCCCCUUCGGGGAGCUGCUGACGGAGGACGACCUGGUGUACCUGGAGAAGCAGAUCGCCGACCUGCAGCUGCGAAGACGCUGCCAGGAGUACGAGAGCCAGCUGGGCCAGUUGGCGGCAGAGCUGCAGGCCCUGCUGCCCGAGCCCCUGGUGAGCAUCACCGUCAACAGCCACUUCCUUGGCGGCCCCGAGCCCGCAGCUCAGCGGCUGGGGUCCGGCUCCCAGCGGGGCAGCUUCAACAGCGAGGACAUCUGCGGUUACAUCGACCGAAGCUUCGCCUUCUGGAAGGAGAAAGAAGCCGAGAUGUUCAGCUUCGGAGACUGA